AUGCCUGCCCCUACGGCGCUGCAACGCGCUCCUGAAGCCUUCGCAGAAACAGAAGCACACCUCCAAGAGCCCUCUUUCGACCAAGCCGCCGACGAGGCAGGUGACCUCGACCUGGUCACCGCAACACAAGACGCCCUCUUCUCUUCAGAAAAGACAGACGAUACAAGCAUGCAACUCGACGAAGAAGGCCGCCCUCGCUUUGCACCAGCGGCCCAAGCAGAUUCUCUCACUACUGUCCGAAUACAGUCCCGCAAAGUCCCCAUCCCACCACACCGCAUGACCCCGUUAAAAACCAGCUGGCCCAAAAUCUACCCUCCGUUGGUCGAGCACCUCAAACUCCAAGUGCGCAUGAACAUCAAGUCCAAAGCAGUGGAACUACGGACUUCGAAAUUUACGACUGACUCUGGGGCCUUGCAGAAAGGCGAAGACUUUGUCAAGGCCUUCACUCUCGGAUUCGAUACUGAUGAUGCCAUUGCUCUCCUGAGGCUGGACGAUCUUUACAUUGAGACUUUUGAAAUCAAGGAUGUCAAAACCUUGCAGGGCGAGCAUCUGGGACGAGCGAUUGGUCGGAUAGCAGGCAAGGAUGGCAAAACGAAAUUUGCCAUUGAGAAUACGAGUAAGACGAGAGUUGUGCUGGCGGACAGCAAGAUCCAUAUUCUAGGUGGGUUCCAGAACAUCAGAAUAGCCAGAGAAGCAAUUGUCAGUUUGAUUUUGGGUGCGCCGCCCGGAAAAGUGUAUGGGAAUUUACGGACAGUUGCAAGAAGAAUGAAGGAACGAUUCUGA